UCAAGGAAAAAGAUAGGGAUAAAAGGCAAAUAUAUAGGAUUCCUGUAUAUUUGCACUAAAGUGGUUGAAGCAUUAGAUAAAGUCAUGGAAUUCUUGUGGUGGGAUAUGUAUAUGCUAAUGGAAAAGUAGGAAACUGUAUUAUCCAAGUUAGCUACUUCAUCUGUAUCAGCAUCAGCAUCAGCAUCAUAUGCAUACUAACACAUAUGUGUGUGUGUGUUCUUUCUAUCCUAUCCUAUCCCUACUUAAGCCCAUUUUCAAAGGCAGACUGCAGGCUCUCCUGAGUCUUGACUGAGAGUAGCAGUAGAAAGUUUUACAUAGUUUCAGACGAUGGAAACUGAACAGGUGAUUAGCAAAGGUAUGAAGGUGAAGAUCCCUCCAGGACCUGUGUUGUCUCCUACAUCGGGGUCGGGGGUAACAAGUGGAGGUGGAGGCCUUACUAGGCAAGGAAGCAUCAGUAAGCAUAAUUCAUGUCUGUGCUCUCCCACCACGCAUCUCGGCUCGUUCCGCUGCAGGUUGCACCGUAGCCCAACCCUCCAGAGGUCCAAGAGCCUGGAUUCUCCAACCUGCCAGGACUCACAAGGUAAAGGUGCUCCUCCAGCUGCUGACGUGCCGGCACAGAAUAAAGCAGUGAAUGCUCAGUAAUAUAUGCAUAUUUAGGAUGGAUCGACAUGGAGCGUAUCAAUAUCACCAGAUUAUAUAUAUAUAUGUAUGUUUUCGUGUAUCUCAAUGGUCUUUUCGAUCAACUGAAUCUGUACUAUUCCAAGAGGCCCUCCAUUGGGUAUGGUAUGCAGAUUAUUAUCUGCUAUCGACUCUUGAUCAAGCAUGGCUGGCUACUUUUCUGCCUUUUUACGCGUGCAUCAAUCUAUGUAUAUACUUGUUAUCAACUACUGAAGCAUGAAUCAAGUGAGCUUCUUUGGAAGUUUUUGAA